GAGGGAACAACUACAACAGGAGGAGCGAUGGGUUAUUACUUUAAAACAGCUCUUUCUCUGGAAACAGUAAACCACUUCACUGGAAACAAGUAAAAUUGAUGUAUAAUUUAACUGGUUUAAAUUUAUAUCACCAAAAAGGAAUUCAAGGAUGGAAAGGCUACAUGACUCAGUGAGACUGACAUUUCUUACAGUGCAGGAUGAGCAAAGAUUGAUAAUUCUUACAGAGCAGGAUGAGCAGCUUACAGCAGCUGACAGCAGGUUAAAGAGCACUACACACUGGAUAUCAUCACAUUCAGGAUAAAAUAUACAAGAGAGCCUCCUCACCGUCCAACCACCUGUCAGCCUCCCAGCCGAGCCUCAUCUGACCCCGCCACUCAGCCCGGCCAGAGAGGAAGAGAAGAGGAAUCUGAAGAGCAAGAGGACAAAAUAACACGUUACAAAACCCAGAGAAGCAGAAGGGAGGAAGAAGUCCAGUGCAGCCCCCUGAAGAUGAUCCUGUGGGUUGCCUUGCUGUCUCACUUUUGUUUGGGUCCGAAUGGAGCUGUAGCAGAAAGCACAGGACUGGAGAGGAUAGACACAUGUGGCACCAGCUGUUCUCAGGGCCUUCACUGCAAGACCAAGCCAGAUUAUGUGUUUCGCCCUCCGUGUCAGAACAUUACCGAAGGUCUCAACAUGUCCUCUGUGUUCCACGACAUCAGUCUCUCCACGGUCAUGAGGUGUGAGGGGAGGCAGAAGUGCUCACUCCGCCUCAGAAUCAAAACUCUUCUCCAACUUACUGAGUCCAUCCAUGGUUUGUCUGUUUGCACCGUCACUGCAGGGAUGAUAGUGAACUGCCAAAUUUUCAGCUUCACAAGAUCGUCACGUGGAAGAAUGUCUGGGCUGCAGGUGGAAGUUGAGAAUGAUUGCACUGAGGUUUCUCCGAGCCAACAAGUGCAAGUAAUAGUCAAAACUGUGCCGAGCUACUGUGGCAUAUCCUGGUUUGGCACCUACGAAACUCCAGAAUGCAUGAUGGAAGAUUUGAGAAGACAUGUCCCAGACUGCAUCACUGGCAGGCUAUCGUACGAUGUAAACCCAGAGAGGAAGGAGCUGAGCGUCAGUGUAUCAGACAUGCUCGAAGAUCACAGCUACCACCUCCGUCUGUGCUACAAGGGUUUCAUCUGUUUUGGCACAGGGGCGAGCACACUGAUAAAGAAAGAGGAACCUGUAAAGGCUGCCACCCUCCUUUACUCCCGACCUCUGCCGUGCCUCUGCAUCGAGGGAUGGUCAGCUGUGAUGGAUGCCCCCAGAGUCCAGGUCUGCCCAUUCAAAGACCGUCUUGAGGAACUGUGGUUUGGAGUCGUCUUUGAUCCACUGGAGGAGACGCUAUCAUGGGAGUCACUCUGUCCGGUUACCGCUGUGGUUGCUUUGUGCCAGGAAAGAGAAGGCGGCGUCUGUGAGGAUCUGCCACAUGCCUCCCAGAAUGUUAGCAGAGGGAAGAUAACAUUUACUGAAGUGGAUCCACACCCUCAACUGUGCAUGAAGUUUACUGUAGGCUCUCAGUCCUGGACCAGGUGCCCCUUUGCUGGUAGGAGAUUCCAAGCAUGGGAGGUCGCUGUGACAGGACAACAGGGCCAUAAAGAGCUCAAGAUUACGUCACAGAUGACUGCAACAUUUUCCGUGGGGCUGUGUGUGAAGUCUCCAGGGCCUGGUGUGUGCCAGUUGACCAAAACACACCCUGUACAUGUGGAGAAAAAGAAAGCUGUUGUCUUAAACCUGGCAGAGGAACUAUGCAACUCUUGUGUCCAGGUGAAGAGACUCGGCGUGAAGUAUGCUGCCACAGUUACGCACUGUCUUGAACAAUGCAAUCAGUCCUCACCUCACAGACAUGUCAUUGGCAGUCGAACUUCUUUGGACUUGACCUGGGUCGUCGUACCAGCGGGUGUUUGCCUUUCUGGCAUCAUAAUUACCGCUCUGGUGCUCCAUGUGCUGUUAACCGUGCAUCAGAGGAACCAAAAAAGAUAUAGAAAUCAAAAGCAAAUAGAUCAUGCUUUUGACUCUGUGGCCACUGCAUUAAAAACUCACCCCCACGGAGGGAUCCUCAUACCUGAUUCACUGCAGUGUGGGAACACAGAGAAGGCCAACUUAAUCUCACAGUAACCAAAAAACGAAUAUAUGCAAGGUUCAAACGUAAAGAUGCCAUUUCUCUAUUGAAAAUGGUGUACAAUGUUGGGAUAUUAACAUUGAGAUAUUUCAAAUGUAUGUAUAUGCUGGUUAGUAUGCUUGUUACAUUUAUUUGCCUGUUACAGUGUAUUUUAUUUGUCAUUUUUUAAGUUAAAAUAUUCAUUCAUCUUCCAGCAAAUUUUUUCUAGUUCUAUUUUCAAUAAAAAAAUUAAAACAAAACUAUUGCUUUUUUUGAAUGGUAAUACAAUACACAAUAAUACUGUUUCACAAUAUCUUACACAGCAAUUCUAUGUAAUUAUUUGAAGUCAUUUUCCAUUCACCCUGUUCUCCUGCAUUAGACACACCCACACUUUAUCAAGCCAACGCCAUUCACCUGCUCACACAGCUGCUCCUGAUUACACUCACCCAGUAUAUAAACCCCAGCCUUCCAGUCUGUUUCUCGGGCUGAUUGCCUAUUGAAGAACCUGUUUGGCCCUGACUUGCCUUUAUUUAUUUAUUUAUUUUGUCUGAACCCUGGAAAUCAAAUCAGGCUUCUGUCCCUGACUUUGAGAACUGCUUUUGAGUCUUUGGGCGUAAUCUAUAUGUUCCUGUGCUGGCUCAUUCAGCCGGAGCCUUCAGGUUUACCAGGAAGAUUUCUAACAGUUUUUUUGGGGUUUUUUUUUAUUAACCUGUCAGCUCCAGUU